CCUGGACUUAUGAUCGAGUAUCCAGUGCAUCGGACUGACUCUCUCUCUUUUACUUCCAGCAUGGCUGCCGUCUCACAGAUUUCCAAGAAGAGAAAGUUCGUCGCUGACGGUGUCUUCUACGCCGAACUCAACGAGUUCUUCACUCGUGAGCUCUCCGAAGAUGGUUACUCUGGUGUCGAGGUCCGUGUCACCCCUGCCCGCACCGAAGUCAUCAUUCGUGCCACCCACACCCAAAACGUUCUUGGUGAGAAGGGUCGCCGUAUCCGCGAGUUGACCUCCCUCGUCCAGAAGCGUUUCAAGUUCCCCGAGAACACCGUCGAGCUCUAUGCUGAGCGCGUCCAAAACCGUGGUCUUUGCGCUAUUGCUCAGUGCGAGUCCGUCAAGUUCAAGCUUCUCAACGGUUUAGCUGUUCGUCGUGCCUGUUAUGGUGUCCUUCGCUUCAUCAUGGAGUCUGGUGCCAAGGGUUGCGAAGUUGUUGUCUCUGGCAAGCUCCGUGCUGCUCGUGCCAAGUCCAUGAAGUUCACUGACGGUUUCAUGAUCCACUCCGGUCAACCCACUCGCGACUUCAUCGAUACUGCUGUUCGCCACGUCCUUCUUCGCCAAGGUGUCCUUGGUAUCAAGGUCAAGAUCAUGCUCGACUGGGAUCCCACUGGCAGAGCCGGUCCCAAGAACAACCUCCCUGAUAUCGUCAGCAUCCUUGAGCCCAAGGAGGAGGCUGCUAUCACUGAGCCCAUCUCCCAGGACUUCAGCAAGCCCGCUGCUCCCGCUGCUGCUGAGCCCGUUGCUGCACAAUAAAUCAUUUUUAUUUUGUCGCAAAGAAAAAAGAAAUAAAAAUCAAUUCACUUUUGUAACCAUCAAGGAGAAAAAUUGAACUACAAUAUUGGGGAUUUCCUCCUUGCAGCCCACAUGACAUGACU